AUGACAACUACUACGGCAGACGACUUCGGACUAGAUUCGCCAAUAGUUUCGAAACCAUGUGAUUUGUCAUCGCACCUACUUUAUGUGAAUAAAAUCAAUCUGUUUCGGUUGGCAGGUUCCGAGAAAGUGGUCCAUUUGACGGGCGAUAACCACUGGACGGCGGGUCUUUCGUCUUCCCAGUCCAUGACGCAGUCCUUCUUCCAUUCGCCGGCCGGUCUGCAGCGUUCAUUGUCCAGCGCCACUCGGUCCGACCGCGCCGCCUCAGACCAGUCCGAGGCAAGCUCGGCUCCUGGGCCGCUGUCGAGGCCGUCAGGCCCGAGUCUUCAACGCGAGGCGACGUCAAGUCGGCCCGAGGUCUCGAUCGCUUUGGCUCUGGGCUCGGCGCGUCGACCACACAACCUUCGUCGUCGCGAGGCCACUGUUGGCGACGAUCCCAACCGCUGGUUGGUUGGGCUACAUCCGUCCGGCCUCGGCGACACUUUCCACCAGGCCAGGAGUGUCGAUGUACAGCCGGCGACGAUUGGCUCUCCGAUGAUGACGCAAUCCUUCGUA